AUGUUGGAUGUUACAGCUGAAGUUGUAAAUUGGGCUGUGUUCCGUAGGGAAUUUCUGAGAAAGUACUUUCCUGAGGAUGUUCAUGGGAAUAAGGAGAUUGAGUUUCUGGAGCUGAAACAUGGUAACUUGUCGAUUACUGAGUAUGCUACCAGAUUUGUGGAACUUGCAAAGUUCUACCCUCAUUACAGUGAAACGACUGCUGAGUUCUUGAAGUGUAUCAAAUUCGAGAAUGGUUUGCGUCCUGAGAUUAAGCAGGCGAUUGGAUACCAACAUAUCAGGAGGUUUCCAGAGUUGGUAAACAAUUGUAGAAUUUAUGAGGAUGAUAGUAAGGCUCGGUCGACUCACUACAAGGGGUUGAGCGAGAGAAGAGGAAAACAAAAUAUGAACAGUGGGAAGCGAUAUAAUGCUCCAGCUGAUAAAGGUAAACAAAUAUCUACUGAUGGUAAGAGGUCAAGUGAGGGAGGUUCUCUUACUCCUCUUAAGUGCCAUAGGUGUGGUGAGUUGGGUCAUCGUGUCAGCGAAUGCAAGAGUGCUAUGAAGAAGUGUUACAAGUGUGGGAAGCUAGGCCUUAUUGUGUCUUCUAUGAAUGGAGAAAUGGUUAUCAAAACUCUUGUUAAGGGUUCGAUGACUACUACUUCAGUUUGUUUGACUUGUCCUCUUUUAAUCUUUGAUAAGGAUUUCGACAUUGAUCUUAUUUGCUUGCCAUUGGAGAAUCUUGAUGUUAUCUUGAGGAUGAACUGGUUGGAGUUCAAUCAUGUUCAUAUCAAUUGUUAUAACAAGUCGGUGUGGUUUAUUACUCCUGGUGAGGAGGAAAAAGUAGUGUGGGAUUUUCUAGAGGUGUUUCCAGAUGACAUUUCAGAUGUACCGCCAGAGAGAGAGGCUGAGUUUUUUAUUGAUCUUGAGAAGAAGCUUUAUGCUAAGUUGUCGAAGUGUGAAUUCUGGUUGAAAGAGGUUAGCUUUCUUGGUCAUGUUAUUUCAGGUGGUGGUAUUGAUGUGGAUCCAUCUAAGGUAGAUGCAGUUCUACAAUGGGAAGCUCUGAAAUCGGUGGCAGAGAUUAGAAGCUUUUAG